AAGAAUCCCAGGAGAAGCCGGAAGCACUCGGGAGUCACGUGCUCCCCGGGCUGCAAGAGUGAUUGGCUUGGAAGGACGUGAAUGAUGCCGCUGUGAUUGCUGAAUCGUCUCAGAAGGUAGAAACAGAACGCGGUUUUUUUUUUUCCCUUUGGGAUGGUCCGCUUGGUCCUCCAGCCCUUGCACGCUGACCGUCGGCUGCAGGAAUGAAAAACGCUCGCGGCAUUGUACCCAAAGUGCACCUGCCCUCCUCCGAUGCAAGUAAUGCAGAAGGUGCUCUCCUGAAUGCAUUUCGCCGCAGUCAGGUCUUAAGGAAAAUGCAGAGACGCCACAGCAGUAACACGGAUAACAUUCCACCUGAAAGAAAUCGCAGCCAAGCACUCAGCUCCGAGGCAAGCGUGGAUGAAGGGGGCGUCUUUGAGAGUCUGAAGGCAGAAGCGGCCUCCCCACCAGUGCUGUUCUCCAGCCUCUCUGGCCUCCCAGCCAGCAGCCUUCCUGCUACCCCCUUCCCCUCCAGCCUGGUGCUGGGGGCCUCUGCCAGCGGAGGGGACGUGUUCAUCCAGAUGCCAGCAUCCAGGGAGGAAGGCGGAGGCCGGGGCGAAGGGAGCACCUACCACCACCGCCAGCCCCACCACCACUUCCACCACGGCAGCCACCGUGGGAGCUCGCUGCUGCAGCACGUGGGUGGGGACCACCGGGCGCACUCAGAUGACGGGGGUGACGAGCAGCCAGGCACCCCCGCCCCUGCCCUGUCCGAGCUCAAGGCCGUGGUCUGCUGGCUCCAGAAAGGGCUGCCCUUCAUCCUCAUCCUGCUGGCCAAGCUGUGCUUCCAGCAUAAGCUUGGAGUGACGGUGGUACAGAUGAUGUUGUGGCCUACGGUGUCCCAUAGACAGUAUGCAGAGAAGGGCAUUGCCGUGUGCAUCGGGAUGGCCACCACCUUCGCCUACGCCAACUCCACACUCCGAGAACAGGUCUCUCUGAAGGAGAAGAGGUCGGUGCUGGUCAUCUUGUGGAUCUUGGCCUUUCUAGCGGGAAACACCCUGUACGUGCUCUAUACAUUCAAUUCCCAGCAGCUGUACAACAGCCUCAUCUUUCUAAAGCCCAACCUGGAGACCCUGGACUUCUUCGACCUGCUGUGGAUCGUGGGCAUCGCAGACUUUGUGCUGAAGUACAUCACUAUCGCCCUCAAGUGCCUCGUCGUGGCCCUGCCCAAGAUCAUCCUGGCUGUCAAGUCCAAGGGAAAGUUCUAUCUGGUCAUUGAGGAGUUGAGCCAGCUGUUCCGCUCACUUGUCCCCAUCCAGCUGUGGUACAAAUACAUCAUGGGGGAUGACUCCUCCAAUAGCUACUUUCUGGGCGGGGUCCUGAUGAUCCUUUACAGCCUCUGCAAGUCCUUUGACAUCUGUGGCCGCAUGGGUGGAGUCAGGAAAGCCCUGAAGCUUCUCUGCACCUCUCAGAACUAUGGAGUCCGGGCCACUGGGCAACAGUGCACAGAAGCUGGUGACAUCUGUGCCAUCUGCCAGGCUGAGUUCCGGGAGCCUCUGAUCUUAAUGUGCCAGCACGUGUUCUGCGAGGAGUGCCUCUGCCUCUGGCUGGACCGCGAGCGCACCUGCCCGCUCUGCCGCUCCAUAGCCGUGGACACCCUGCGCUGCUGGAAGGACGGGGCCACUUCGGCACACUUCCAGGUGUACUAGGACUGAAGCUCCGGCACUCGCAGGGAGAUGACACGGGGUCAGUGUCGUGGGGUCCAGCUCUGGGGACUUCCUGGAAAACAGGCUGCAAGCACGGGCUGUCCUGCCUCCCGCCUCUUUCCACCUCUCCCCCUAAAGCCAGGCCCCUGUCCUUCCCUCCGUUGCCUUCGUCUCCUGCUCCAUGGCAUGGUGCGUGCGUCCUUCCCUACAAACGGGGAAGCCUCCUAACCCAGACUUGCUCUCUGCCCAGGUAGGUCUGCCCCUGCCCCCACUCCAAGUCAAGGAAGCUGGAACAGACAAUGUCCUGCCUGUUGAUUAUUUUAACUCGAGGUAGCCAAACACCUGAUGCUGCAAACUGGGGAGGGGCCUGCAGAUUUCUGCCUCCCCCCGGUUGGCCCUGGUCUACAAGUGAGAAUCACUGUGAAGUCUUUUGCAGGCAAGACAUCAAGCAUCCUGCCUAGAGGACCACCUUGGACCCUCAGAACAGCUCCGAGGUGGAGGGACUAUUGUUUCCUCCAUUGCACAGCUGAGGAAGCGGAGGCACAGAGCUCCACGUGGCCACUAGGCCAGGGCCACCCCGGUGCUCGCCGUGGUGGGCUGAGUUGCCAGCCCAGGCCUGUCAGGCCUCAGAACCUGCACUCCUAACCACUGUUCUGACCCACCACUCAGAUGCUGCAGGUGUGGGUUUUUUUUUUAAAGCACGAGAGGCGAUCUUGAUGCCCCCGGUGGCCCAGGUGCAUAGCAUAUUUAAUUUGCACUGGUCGACAAUGCUAACGGUGAAUGUUACCUUUGGAAGUCAGGCUGUGGCUGGGUCCUCGGAAAGACUUGUCCAGAAAGCGCUUUUUGCCCAAGCUCUGGGCCGGGGUGCUGAGUCACAUGUGAGCAGCAAGAAAGGCCAGCUUUGGUCCACAUUCGGGUAGCCCUGGGUCUGCAUGCCCGUCCGGGUUUCUCUUCCCCUCCUGUUCUGGUCCCCUCCUUUCCUUAAGCCUCAGAUUGGUCAACACCCCCCACGGACAUUACCUCUGCCCUGGUAGCCUUCAGACCUGAAAGGGACAAUCCAUGUGAGGGACUGGCCCACAAGCCAGGGUGGUGGCAAAGAGCAUAGUGGCAAUCAGUGUUCCUGUGACCUCUCCAUCAAAGCCACUAACCUCUGCAGCGGAACCAUUUCCCUCCCUGCUUUGAGAUCUGGAGGAGGUGGCACAGGUGACCCCAUAGAUGCCACUGGAAUCUUGCCUGUCCUACCCUCUCUGCCAACCCUAUUCUCGCACUGACAACCUCAGCACCGUGGGCUGGCACCAGCAGCAUUUCUGAGAAAGUCUGGGUGGUUAGUGAGCAGAUUAGGAAGAAAGCCGCAGGGCACGUGGCGGGGACCUUGCCGCCCGCCAGCUCUCGGCCAGUGCUCACGUGGCUGGCCCUUCCCCAGCAGAUUCAGAUCUGCCCCUGUGUGCUAUCAAGCCAGGACCUUGUCUUUCCCCUGACAUCCUGGCUCUUUCCUGGUACCCAGCAAGAUACCCCUUCCAGGGUUGCGUGGCAUCUUUCAAGUGCUGUUACUAUGGCAAUGGCUGCGAUGUUACAAUCUCACUUGCCUGGAUAAUCAAGUCGGAAAGGGAAGUGGAGGGAAACAGAGCCUGGUGGACACAGCUUCUCUGCUCCCCUCGCCUCCGGGAAGAACCGAAGGGAAGGAAUACAAGCUUCUGCAACUGCUUGUUUUAAAAUCAGAGCUCCCUGCCUGCAGGUGCCGUCAAGAGGCACGAGACAUUGGAGCUGAAGGAGACACGAAAGUGGCAGCAGGUGACUGAGCAGGUGGAGCAGUAUGUGGGAGUCAGGCCUGGAGUUCUGAAUCUUUUUACUUAUUUAUUUACUUUAUUAGAGUGGCUUUGGUUAAUAAAUCAUAUGGGUUUCAGGUGUACCAUUCUAUAACCCACCAUAUCGUAUUGUGUGUUCACCACCCCAAGUCAAGUCCCCUUCUAUCACCUCUUAUCCCCCCUUUACCCUCUUCUGCCCGCCCCCGCCCCUCGUCCCCUCUGGUCAUCACCGUGCUGUUGUCUGUGUCCGUGAGUUGUUUUGUUCUGUUCUUUUUGCUGAAUCCCUUCACCUUUUGCACCCAGCUUUCCCCCCCCGACUGCUGUCAGUCUGUCCUCUGAGUCUGUUUCUGUUUUGUUUGUUUAUUUUCUUAACUCUGCGUGGCUUUGAGAAAUCACUUCACCUUCCUGUAGCCGUCUCCAUGGCGAUGAAACCUAGUGUAUUAUUUACUGGACCAGGAAAAUUCACAACAUGGAUUGCUCGUGAAUACAUCAGUGAUCCAGUCCAUUACACUCGUGCACCCCCCACACACAAUUCUCUGACAUUCUGCACGUAACAAGCCAUGCCUCUGACACUGUGGAGAGUGUCAGGCAUGGGGGACACUCGGGGUAAGGUGGGAUUUUAUGUAUUCAUCUCCUGUCCUGCAGGAAAAGUCCUGUCUAGAAACUCCCUUUUGGAUGGGAGGAUUUAGCUUCUGCUCUAGGCAGGAAGAGUGGCCGGUGCCGGGUUUUCCAAAUGCCAAGCCAAGUGUAUUCCCCAACUCGAGUGUGAAAGCCGCCAAGAGCCACCAUCGUUGGAGGAGAAGAAGGUACCCGUCUCCUUUACCCAUCUGGGUGCCACAGCUCAUUUAUUAUGAGCGCGGUCCAUCGUCAGAGCAGAGUACCCUGCUCUUAAUAUUUUAUGACUUGCUGACUUGAGUUCCACGAGGUCCUUGGAAAUGGCCCUCUGAACGUAAAAUAUCUUGAGUAUAAUGAAUGUGAGGGACUGAAACGGCCAGCUCUGGGCCUGGAUGUAACAGACUCCUCACGUACCAAAGGCACCGGACACCUCUGGGCUGUUGAGACUCGGGCUGGAAGGAGGAGCUGUGAAGCCAGUCCUGGAAUCUGUCAGGAAUUUUGCACUGGGCCAGACAGCCGCCUUUGGUGUUUUUAAUGUCCCCCCGAAGUUUCCUUCUGCCAAUAAAUAUCAUCUGU